UCGAAGCGACGGUGGUCACGCGACGAAGUCCCCGAGCCUCACUAUCAGCCACAUCUUUUACCCGUUGGUUCCGGGGGGUCGACGAGCAGCUCUCCCCGAGGCCGUCACGGCCGCCUUCAGGACCGACCGUUCGACCCCGCGGCCCUCGUUCCCGAUCCCGGCUGGAGAAUGGCGGACACCGAGUUCGAGGAGUUCCGACAAUUUUUCGAGAAGCUGCCUCAAUACUUCAAUACGACUCUGUCCCAUUACACGCGUUCGUGCUCCCCGGAUUAAUGAUCGUGAAUUGUUGUUGAGGAUAGGCUCGUUCACGAUGUCAUGAUAGACGACUCGCCGACCUCGUCGCAAUACAGCGACACAGAGGUCGGCAGAGCAUGCGACGGGGUUGCCGCCGAUUCCGAGGAUGACGACGUGGUGGUGAUACAUCGCCACGACACUCAGAGCGGUCACACUUCCGGGGACGACAGCGAGGAUCUCGAUCACAAUUGCUCCAUCGUCGCUGACAGCGACUUUAGGUUGGUAACAUCCUUGUUCGGUGGACUGAGCAGCAGGGGUCGAUCGGCAGGCGUCGGUGGACCAGGUCCCGGAGGAGGUACCACUUCCGUAUCCGGUAGCGGCGGUAGGGACAGCGUAGUCAGCGACGUUGGUGACUCUUGUUCGAGUUUGAGCUCUUGGCCGACGCCGGAACACGUGCCGUCAAAUCGACCUGGAAGCGGCGGGACCGAUCGUAGACGUCGAAGACUACCGGAAAUCCCCAAGAAUAAAAAAUGUCUGCCUAUCGGUCAGACGACCAUGCAGUCCUCGUCCUCGCUGGCAGACGAAUUAAGCGCAGCCAAUGGCUCGGCUUCUAGCAGGCCGCAUUUAGUGUUACGAAAAUGUCACUCGAGGAUCCGUCAUGAAGACAGUUCGCCCGAUAGUGAGCGAAUGGCGACUGACAGUGGUCAUUCCACUGCGCAUUCGCCGGAAAAUGGGCCGAAAAGUGUAUCCCCUAUUCCCUGCAGCACCUUGCAGAACACAGACUCCGCUUCGCCUAGCAGUACACCAGGAAGCGGAGGUGUUCCAUUUACUCAACUGGAGUUGCUAGAAGCGACGCAUCGAGGACUGCACAAAUUCAUGCCAAGACAUCACGACGAGAUCGAUCUUGAAAUCGGCGAUCCUAUUUACGUUCAGAAGGAGGCCGACGAUCUGUGGUGUGAAGGCGUGAACCUCAGAACAGGUCGUCAAGGCAUUUUCCCCUCGGCUUACGCGGUCGACAUGGAUUACAGCGACUUCGAUCCGUCAGCACCGAAAGUGAAACGAGAACGAUACCUUCUGGGUUACCUGGGCUCCGUCGAGACCCUGGCGCACAAAGGUACCGGUGUUGUUUGUCAAGCGGUACGAAGAAUUGUCGGGAACUCGCAGGAAUCCCCUGUCUCGCAGAGUUGCAUUUUGGAAGUGUCCGAUCAGGGUCUUCGGAUGGUCGACAGAAGUAAACCACGGAAGAGCCAAAGACCCUGCCACGAUUACUUCUACUCGCUGAAGAAUGUUUCCUUUUGCGCCUUUCAUCCUCGCGAUCAUCGCUACCUCGGCUUCAUCACGAAACACCCUACCUUACAGAGGUUCGCUUGUCACGUGUUCAUUGGCCAAGAAUCCACGAGACCCGUCGCCGAAGCCGUCGGGCGUGCUUUCCAUCGGUUCUACACGAAGUUCAUCGAGACUGCUUUCCCAAUAGAGGAUAUCUAUAUCGAAUAGAUCGUACUGCUGGCCUGUUCUAUAGCGGCUACGGAAGAAAUGAUAAAAACACACAUUCCUUUGACCCUUGUACAUACUGCCCUUAGCUGUAGAUACAAAAUGACAAACGCGUAUCAGACACCCAAUUAAAAGGAACAUGCAUACACAUGUACGUGUUGAUAUACAUCUCUAUGUAUAUCGGUACGAACACACGCUGCCGAUGAGAAAUACUGGACCAAGACUUACGAUCGAUGAAAACGGAACAAUAUUAUUUUCUAACAAACUAAUAAAACUUGUGGAGUCGAUAGUUAAUAUGAAUUAUUUGUGUUCCAUUUUGAUAUACGAGUCUCAUUAAAUCUUUACAGGAUAAUAUUUUCCAUUUUCAUUGGUACAGUAACCUGGUCUCAUAUUUCUUACCAUUAGCGUGUAGGUUAAAAUAGAUACGCAUAUGGUACAGGUGUAUAUGUGCAAUUACAUGACACAUAUGCAAGUAGAUAUGUGUAUCUGUGUGUAUACAUAUGUAUGUACCGAGCAACUUCGGAAAGCGUCACGACGGGACAGAUUCCAGUGUUAUUUUGCUUCUUUUUCUUUUACUUCGAAGAGUUAAUUAUUUACUCAUAGAUCUGAGCGUUUGCGUUGACACAUUCCCCUUCUUUCACCUCCGAUCCCACCACCACACACAACAGACGAUCUAUCACCGACGGAUUCAUGGAUCACGGAUGAUUUUCGCAUUUUUGUUACGCGACAGAACGUGGGUUGAACACCGAAUGAGAAAUCUUUAAUAUUCGACUUACACGUACACUAAUUAUUACCGAUAAGGAACUAAUCGCUAACCCUUCGAUCCUUCGACCAAGAUAACCGUAUAGCGACACGUAGAAAGAUAAACGACAAUAGUGUGGAUCGUUCCGAUAUUAAAGAAAAUGGAAAACGAUAAAAAAAGACGAAAAGAGGAGAAAGGAAAACACCGCGGUGGUUUUUCCGUUUUCUUCGUCGUGUCGGCGACGGUUUCCUUCUUUUUUCUUUCGUUCUCUUCUUCGUUCGACCGUCGACUGUGUUGUUUCGAAUUGCUUUCGCCGCCCGAUUACGUUUAUCAAUGGCAACGAAUGGAAAAAGGAAAAGAGAGAAACCGAGGGAGGAUCGCAAAACGGAGCGAUCUCGGAACGCGCGCCAAGGAAAAAAGGAGAACAUAUUUUAUCGUAUGGGUAUUUAGAGACUCAUAUAUUUUUCUAUCUUUCUUUCCGGAGGAAUCGUUAAUUAUAGAUUACGUUGUUAACGAUUAAGGCGUGACGUUUAUGAUGAUCUUCGAUUCCGCGAGUCCUUCGUUCACGUCGCAAACGACCGUUAUAAAUCGAAACGCACAUUGGCCUCUCUGUAUCAAUUGUAUCGAUCAAGGCUUGAUUCACACUAGCGGCCAACGAUAUUUACCGUCAGAUCACGAUCGUUCGCGGUUAACCCAUUUAGAUCAAAAGGAAGUAUGAAAAAGGAGGCCCUUAUCACCAAUCUGAUUUUUAAUUUUAUUUAAGUAGAAAAAUUACGACAAGUAAACAGAACUACUACUAUCGGAAAUACUACUUUUAUUUCCGAUAACGCCCUCCAUUUUUAUUUUCUAGAUAAUGGAAAAUUUAACGUCACACUCAAAGCUCUUGUGAUAAUGGCC